AUGGAUACUUCCAAAUCUCAUGAAAUCAUAGCAAAUGAGACAGCGCCUCUGCUACCCGCAAAGGGCUCGAAGAAACCUAAAACGCCCCUUCCAAAACUUCAGAUAGGCAUUCUUAUAACGCUGCAACUUUCGGAACCCAUCGCUUCGACAUCUAUAUUCCCAUACAUCAAUCAGCUGAUCAGAGAACUUGGAAUCACCGAGGGCAACGAUGCGGCUGUAGGAUAUUAUGCUGGAAUCAUCGUAAGUGCCAGGAUUACGACUUGCGAAGUGCUUACAAGAAUGGCACUAAUGGUGCUGAGGUGGAGUAGACUGUCUGACCGCAUUGGGCGCAAGCCCAUGUUGAUAAUGGGUCUCUCAGGUGCUUGUAUUUCGAUACUGUGUUUCGGCCUCUCAACAACCUUCUGGAGUCUUGUCAUUAGCCGUUGCAUGUGCGGUUUUCUGAAUGGCAAUGUGGGAGUUAUGAAGACUAUGAUGGGGGAAUUGACGGACUCUACAAAUAUGGCUCAGGUGUUUGCCUUGAUCCCGAUUGUCUGGAGCUUUGGAGGCUUUCUUGGUGGCAGCAUUUCUGCUCGCCCUGGCCCUUGUUAUGAUGACAUUGUUCUUAGAAGAAACAUUGUCAACGAAGCGUCGACUGAAGUUCACUUCAACCAAGGUCGGUGUUCCAACCUUGGAUUUGAUCCCACUGCUAUUGGCAAAUGGAUGGCACUGUUUGAGAUCAUCGAUGGUGUCUUUCAGGCAUUAUUCUUCCCCAUAAUCGUUGAUUGGAUUGCUUCUGCUCCUACAAAUAAUGUCCUUGGCACUAUCAAUGGCCUUGGUCAAACUUCUGCAGCGAUGGCUCGUGCCGUUGGUCCCGCCAUGGCGACUUCAGCUCUUCGCUGCAUCGAAGGAACACAACCUUCUAGGAGGAAUGCAGUUUUUGUUAUCUUAAUUGUGUUGGCCAGUGGGUUGAGAUGGCUAGCGUCCCAGUUGCCAGAUGAAGUACAAGACAGGGAUGAGUGAAAGGUGACUCACAGGAAUCGAUAUCGGAUUGCAU